AGCCUCAGACAGCAGCUCAGGUUACAGGUGUGUGUGUGUGUGUGUGUGUAAACAGUCAUCAGUGCGUGUUGUGUGAUGAGAGGCUGACAGGAAGGGUGUGUGUCGCCGACUUCUUUCAUCUGGAAAUACAGGAUUUAGGAAGAGGAAACUGCAAACACUCAUUUCUACCCGUGAAGGAUCUUUGAUGUUUCACAGCUCGACUGAAAUACACGAACACAAAAUAUGAUCUGAUCAAAGACCGAAAAUUAUUAUUAUAAUUUUUAUUAUUAUUUUUUAUUAAUAUUGUUGUUACAGUGAUAUAUUUUUAUAGUUUGUAAAAUUUUUAAAAAAUCAACUGUGUUUUUUGUUUCUGUGUUGCAUCAUUUAAUAAACUGAUGCUUUAUAUUCAUCGCACUGGAUGCAGUGUGUUGGUUUCUCUCGUUACCUGCUGUCCCAUCACACACCUGGAGGGGCGGAGCCUCAGCAGGUAAAAGCAGGUAAAUCCUCAGCUUUUCAUCUCCAGCUUCAGUCAGAGUCAAAGUCCCAGGAGGAAACGCUGCAGCUGCAUCUGAAGGUGAGACAAAGACAAACGCUCACGUUACGGAGAUUUAUGAUAUAUGUGGAUAUACAGAGGUUCAUACAGAUGUUCUGUGGAGUUCAUGUGCAUAAAUUAUGUAAUUAUUGUCUUGUGAGAACAGCUGUAACAAGCUUGUUGCUUUAGUCACUUUUUACCACUGACUCAUGAUUGUGCAGCUGUGUGAACACUGAUCGAUAUCAUCAUCAUUAUUAUUAUUAUUAUUAUUAUUAAUAAUAUUUUUUGAUUGAGUCAAAGCCGCGAAAACAGACACUGAAAUGUUUAAAAGGAAAUUAGAAAAGGAAACUUAAUUAUUCACAUCUGAAGUUGUAUUUUCAUCCGUUUGGAAUUUGGAAGAAAAACAUUUUCAGUCUGUAUGUGAAGUUUUCUCUAGUUUUCUUUUAUAUCGUAUGAUUUUAUUUUCCUUUUAAACCUUUACACCUUUAAAUUUGAGCAUUUACAUUUCAGUUUUUCCAGUUGAGGGUUUUAGUUUUCACCUUUUCUUCUUCUGAAACUCACAAUUAUUUUCAUUAUCGAUUAAUCUGCCCAUUCUCUCCAUUAAUUGAUCAUUAUUUCCAUAAGAUCUCAGGAAAUAGUAAAAAAUGUCGUUAUCAACACGACGUCUCGCUUAAUCUCAUGUACGACGAAGAAAAGCAUCAAAUUCUCACAUUUUAGAAAAAUUCAACUCACAAAUGUUUGUGGCUCUAAUGCUUAAAAACAACUGAAACGAUUAUUAGAUGAUCAAAGCUGCUGCUGAUUAAUUUUCUAUUGAAUGACUCAUUCAUUAAUUGAUUAAUCGUCGCAUCUCCACUUUUGUGCAAUUUACAAAACCGGGGCCCCUCAGGAGGUUAAACCGGCUUUGGACAAACAGACUCUGUCUCAGGUCGUGUCUCUCUCUGUUUUCCUGCCACAGGUGAACAGGACUGACGAUGAACCGUCACCGUGGUCUCUGGUGUUUUUAGACCACUGCUACAGAUUGAGCCAGGACUCCUGAUCAGGUCUCAGUCAGUCAAGAUCACAUGAUGAGCUCCUCCUUCUCUCCUCCAAUCAUCGAUCAGCGUUCGUCUUACCUGAGCUUCAGUCUGUCUCCUGCUGCUGGACUCCGUGAGGACCGUGGUGUCUCUCAGCCCUCAGACUCUCUGUCCGGCUCCGUGCCUUUCUUUUUCUACCCCUCCAGCAUGGACCCCACCGGGUUCAGCCUCUACAAAGGCCCUCUGAGGGGCCCCGGCCCCGGGCUCCUGCCCUACCUGACCCCCUUCCACCACCACGGACACUUCAGCGUCUACGAGUGUCCCUUCGAGCCGGCGUUCAUCCAGAAACGGAACGAGAGGGAGCGUCAGAGGGUCAAGUGUGUGAACCAGGGCUACGCCAAACUGAGGGACCACCUGCCGGGUCACAGCGCCGACAAACGGCUCAGCAAGGUGGAGACGCUGAGAGCCGCCAUCAGGUACAUCAAAUACCUGCAGGGACUGGUGGAGCCGGAGGAUGGGAGGCACAGCGGGGGAGAGUCCCCCGACACCUCGUCUCCCGGACCGGACUGUGGAGGAGAGUCUGAGGGGCUCACAUGUUAAACACACACUCUGGGUUAGGGUUAGGGCAUCAUGUGGUAACAGCUGACAGGACCACAGUCCGCUUCAGGGGACACUCAGGAGUUCACGUGUCUGACCUGAACUGAGGAGGAAGUGAAGAUGAUUCAGCUCAGAACCACUGGCCACUCCUGUGGAUCCAGACAUUUGAUAAAAAAAACAAAGUUACGACGUCAGAAACACUUGACUGGUGCAAAAACUAUUGAUUUUCAUCGACUGGUGAUGGUUUCUAUCCGGUCUGGGAGGUGUCAUGGAGGAAAAAAACUAUUUCAGGCUCACAAUUAAAUCAUUCAUGUUCUCUAAUUAAAUAUUUAUGCCAAAUGUGUAAUGUAAUAUUAAUUCAAGAGGGUGAAUUACUCAUUUGUGUUGUGGAACUAAUGAUAUUUUAUAUUUUUAUGAAGCACUUCUUAUGAACUGGGUGAUUUCACAUUAUCAAAAGGUUUUACAGGCAAAUAGUUUCAGUCAUCGUGCGAAAACACAAGAUUGUGUUAAACAGUCAAAACCACAGAUCCACAGAUCUCAGUCCAAAUUAAACCUUAUUAAAUCCGAGAGAUUCACAGUGAGUGUGAAGAGAACAUGACGAGAGUGAUGACAUUAGGACGAGAGCUUGAAAGCACCAGUUACUGAUUUGACUGAUCAGUGAGUUUACAUCUUUCUCCAUGACACCUCUUGGCUCCGUGGUUUUCUAUCAAAGAGAGUUUAUGAAGCCACCUGGGGGCCAUCAGAAAUACAACUGAUUAAGAUGGAGUUUGGGGGGGGGCUGGUGGGACUCCGCUCCAUGAGUCACAAGAUUACAGGAAGAGUUUUACUUUAAGUUCAGAUCAGGUGAGAUCACCUGUACAGCUGUGUGGAAAGAGACAUAACAGAAAAAACAGCUCAAACUUUUUGUGGAGGAGAAAAAUCACUCAUUAUUUCUGGAGAGCCACUAAAAAAAAACUGACCUUCAAUUUGAUUCCCAGAAAAUAUUUUUGAAGAGGAAAUGGACCCUUUACAUGAAUGAACUAUUUGUUCUGAAGUUGUUUCUUCCACGUUUAAAAAUCUGACAACCUGUUAAAUUUAAAUUGUGCAUAAAUAAAAACAAAAAGCAAAACAACUAAAACAAAAAGUGAAAAAAAAAAGCACCUGAAAGAGGGUCAGUGUCUUAUCGUCCCACUGCAGCAGUACCACUCGCUGCCUGCAGGUGGCGUCGUGUGUUAAACCUGAAGAAGUUAUUUUCUUUACCUGCAGGGGCGACGGCGAUGCGUGUGCUGCUGCAGUAAGCUUCCUCUCCUGAGGGUGGUGCUGUUUGGCUUCAGGUCUGACAGAGAACAGCUCCCCCU